ACCACUGCUCAAACAUUAUGCACCCUUAAAGCUUAAACCCUAAUGUCCCUCCUCGCUGGUCUUACCCGCCAAAAUUCAGCCACCGCCACGCUGCUCACGCGCCACCUCUCCUCCGCCGCCUCCAAACUCCACGCCUGCUACACUUUCAAACCCCCUUCUUCUCUCACUCCCGAGGCCCAAUGCCCCAAUUCCCCUCCCACCAAGCCCAACCAGAAAAAGGCCAAGCCCAAGUACCGGCCCCCCUCCUCCCUCGACCGGAGUGGCCGCAAAACGGUCCGUUCCGACGACUUGCCCUUCGACUUCCGAUUCAGCUACACGGAGAGCAGCCCCAAGGUGCGACCCAUCGGGCUGAGGGAGCCCAAGUACUCGCCCUUUGGGCCGGACCGGCUCGACCGGAAGUGGACCGGAGUGUGUGCCCCCGCGGUGGACCCCACGGUGCAGACCUUGGAGGGUGCGGAGGACCCUAAGUUGGAGGAGCAAAGGAAGAAGAAGAGAGAGAUGAUUCAAGGAAAACCGCUUUCCAGUGAUGAGAGAAAGGCACUGGUUUCGCAAUGCGAGAGAAGCAAAACUAACAAGCAUGUCAAUAUCGGGAGGGAUGGUUUAACUCACAACAUGCUGAAUGUUAUUCAUAACCAUUGGAAAUUUGCUGAAGCAGUUAGAAUCAAAUGCAUGGGUGUUCCAACGAUGGACAUGAAUAAUAUUUGUACCCAGCUUGAGGACAAAACAUUUGGGAAGGUCAUUUUCAGACAUGGGGGUACACUUGUAUUAUACAGAGGCAGGAAUUAUAAUCCAAAAAAGAGGCCUGUAAUUCCUCUUAUGUUGUGGAAACCCCAUGAACCUGUAUAUCCCAGACUGAUCAAGACAACAAUUGAUGGUUUAAGUAUUCAGGAAACAAAAGAAAUGCGGAAGAGAGGACUAACUAUUCCUGCUUUAACAAAACUUGCCAAAAAUGGUUAUUAUGCUUUUUUGGUACCCAUGGUCAGAGAUGCUUUCCUCUCCUGUGAAUUGGUUCGGAUAGACUGCACAGGGCUUGAGAGGAAAGAUUACAAGAAAAUAGGCUGCAAACUCAGGGACCUGGUCCCCUGUAUUCUGGUGACAUUUGAUAAUGAACAAAUUGUGGUUUGGAGGGGGAAGGAUUAUAAGCCACCGAAGGAUGGAAGCUUUCUUAAAGUUAAAGAUCGAGAAUCAUUUGAUGAUGACAUGUAUGUAGAAAAAGAGGAACAUGUUAAUGAGACUAAACACUGCAAUCAACUGUGUUAAUUAAGUGAAAUCUUUGGGCAAAUUGCAGCCAUGAAUCAGAAAUUCUUUGUAAAUGCAGUCAAUGAGGGAGUUUGAGAAAAUUUACUGCCAAGGUUGAUGCUUCUAUUUGGACAAACAAGAUAUCUUCAAACUGCUCUUGUCCAUGACUCAUUUUUAGCCUUAAAAGUUGUAAGGAAAAAUCUGAAGCUAUAGGAUGAGUUUUUAAUCAUAUGCUGGCUAUCACAGUGCAGAACUGCAGUUUGGUUGGGAAUUUUCAUAUUCUCCAUGAUCUGCAAAUGGUGCACAAAGCUCUUCUAGUACGAAUCAGAUUGGAAGUAAAGUCGAGAGAUUUCAUACGUUGUUUUGCCACAAAUUCACACCAGCCAAUCAGGAAUCAAUUCAUAUUUUGCUGACAUAGCCGUUUGGUAUUUCAUGCUGUGAGAAUCUUAGACUGUAAAUUGAGUUGUUUUCAGACCAUAGUCAUGGGGGAACUCGGUUCAAAAGCCAAAAUCGAGUAAUUGACUGUUUGAUAUGAAAAGUUCAAAUACUAUUAUUUUUUAUAUUGCA